CACGCUGGUGAACGAUCGCCGGCAUUUACCAUUGUUAACAUCACCAUGUCUCUGUGCCGAGUCUACCCCCGUCGCCUCUUGCUCCCUUUAUCCUAUCGAACAUUUGCCAGCGCCCCCUCCCCCGUCUUUGCAGCCAAUUCCACCUCAACCCGCACCAAAGCCAAACGCGUCCUCGCAGCCGUUGGAUGCAUUAGUGUAGGCGGCCUAGCCCUCUACCGCACAAUGUCGUCCGACACACCCGCACCCAGCCCCCCAAAACCAACAUUUGUCCCACGUCCCAUAGUCAUUUGCGGCCCAUCCGGAAGCGGCAAAUCCACUCUCCUCACCCGACUCUUUAAAGACUACCCAACCGAAUUCGGGUUCAGUAUCUCGCAUACGACUCGUUCACCACGUCCAGGAGAGACCAAUGGAAAAGAAUACCAUUUCACAGACCGUGAUAGCAUGCUAAAAUCCAUUUCCCAAAACGAGUUUCUGGAACAUGCGGAAUUUGCGUCGAAUUUGUAUGGAACGUCGUUUAAGGCCGUUCAGUCCGUUUUGGAUGCCAAUAAGCAUGUUAUUUUGGAUAUUGAUGUACAGGGGGUGCAACAAUUGCAACAAGCCAUACGAAAUGGAAAAGGGUUCACCACUCGUCCUCUUUUUAUUUUUGUUGCGCCGCCUGAUGUGGGGGUUUUGGAACGGCGGUUAAGAGGUCGUGGGACGGAGAAUGAAAGUAGUUUGAAAAAGCGGUUGGAGGCUGCUACACGAGAAUUGGAGUGGGGGUUGGGCAAAGGGAAUGUGGAUGUUGUGAUUGUGAAUGAGGAUGUGGAUAGGGCUUAUGAGGAGCUUAAGCGGGCGAUUUUUGGUGAUAACAAGGUGUGAUUGUUGCACCAGAAAAGAAUGGGGUUGAUAGAUAGUAUUUAUUAAAACACCAGAGGACGUUGAGCUGGCCAUACCCGUUCUAUCCAAACAAAAGUACCUAUAUAAACACAUGCACAUUGAUUUCGAC